AUGAAGCAAAUUGGAUCCAGAGCCGAAAAGUGUGUUUUCAUUGGCUAUGCACCUCAUCAGAAAGGAUACCGGUGUUAUCAUCCUCCUAGUCAGAAAGUCUAUACUUCUAUGGAUGUUGUGUUCCGGGAAAACGACAUAUACUUUUCAGCUGCACAGGAGGAGCAUUGCGACACCAACACUUCUCAAAUUUUCAAUUUUUUUUCCUCCAGAAUUGUCCCAGCCUGA